UCCUUCGCCAUGCCAGGGCCGGAUGAGGAUGUAGCAUGCGUAUAUUGUUGUUGCUUGUUGCUGGUGUUGUUGCAAGUUAAGGAGGAAUACGAAGAAAAAACCUCUAGAAGCGUUGUAUUUUCCUGUUUGGCAUGGUUUGGUGUUUUGUACCGUGUUGCCAUCAUUCCAGUAGUAAAGAUGACUGCAAAUUUUACCGAUUUCCCGCCGACGACUUGAAGAGGCGAAGAUGGAGCCGUGUAGUAGGGCGGUAUAAACGAGAACCUACCAACAUUUCUAGAAUCUGCAGCUGUCAUUUUCCAGAAGGGAAAGAAAGGGGUCCUGUUCUAUUCAUCAACAAAGAUGGGGAUAUCUGCCCUGACCACAAAGUCCCCUGUGCUCAGACGGCACAAGUUUCAGGCAGUCACCCGGAAUCAACCACUCUCAGUCAGCCACGCAAACAACCAACCAUCCCCACUAAUCAUCCUCAAGCCGCCGUGAUGACAGCAGACGGUGGUCUCCAUUCACAGUCAUUCACAGACAGCGAUCACUGCCCAGCAGAGUUGGUCAUACUUCCAGCAGAGUCGGUCAUUCUUGAUCACAGUUAUCCUGACAUAUCAGUCGUGGCCACCGAGCUUGUCCUCCCAGCGCAGACAGUUAACGUGUCAUCAUCACUCGCCGCUCCCACACCUUUACGAAGUACCCAUGUCGCCACUCAGACAGAUCUUCCAAACUUCCAGCGUAUUCAGAACAUUCUCUUGCAAGUCCAGCUGAGAGAGCUCAGGGAAGAGACGAAGGCUUUGACGGAGGAGCUGAGCAGCUUUAAGACUAAGUACACACCUUCUCGACUCAGCGAUAAGGUGCUGAAGAUGGAGACGGCCCUCCCGGACAGGGAGUGUUUCUAUAAAAUUGUCGAAUGCGCCAUUGCCUUGGAAAGCUCUGACCGCUUCAACUACCGCUUUGGUUGGAAAGUGAAAAGUGUGAGUGUCGAGGAGCAGGUGUUUCUGACGCUGAUGAAAAUGAGGCAUAACUACAAGGACUUUCAUCUUGGUGCACUGUUCAGCACUGGGGAAGGCACCAUCAGAAAUAUCACCCAAACAUGGACUGAAAUUUUGAAGGGGCUUCUUGAUGACUGUACACCUUCACCCAUGGUGAAAGCACAGAAGACAAAAAGGCAUGCGAAAGCCGUGUCAUCAUCAAGUGAACAUCCAUCAGAGACAUCCACUGAUGUCUCAGAAAUGUCUCUGAUUUCUCAGACACCAACUGAUAUCUCAGAAAUGAUUUCUGAUGUCUUUUACUCAUUGGAGUGAAUGAGAAAAAAAUAUGCUGCUAUUUUUCCCCCCUAUGAUUUUGUAUGACACAAUAUGGUUAAGAAAAGCUAAUACAUUGUAAAUGUCAAAUGAUGGUGAAAUCCUUGUUUGGAUGGGGUAAGAGGUGAGGCAGUGCACUGUUGUUUUGGAAAUGUCAAUAAAUGUUGCAAUUGUUAAAAAGUUGCCUUUGGAAGCAGUUAAUCAGUCUAAGUUCCUUUUUUGUGGAAUACAGAAGCAGAACUUUUAUUUAGGGUGUGUUCUUAGAAGUUCAUAGUAGUUGUAGCAGAUUUUCCCAGACAUUUUUUUCCCAGAUAUACUGCAUAUAAGGCUGAUGGGCAAUGCCAAUGUUUUAGAUUUUGGAUCCAGUGUAACGGCACUGGUACAUCUGAUAAACUAAAGGCAGACGUGGAGUUAGAGAGAUGGCUGCACCUGCUCUGCUGCAUUGGACUCUGGUCUUGCUGCUCUCAUUGGCUGUUUCAUCAUCUUCAUGCUACAUGACGGGCAAUCUUGCCUUGAAUGCCCCUACGGUGCUGUCCUCCACCUGGGGAGGCGAACCAGAACACGCAGUUGAUGGGGUGAAACGUGCAGAGAAUGAUUUCUUUACCUGCACCCACACCGAGAGUGAGGAAGACCCCUGGUGGCGUGUUGACCUGUCCCGCCCUUACAACAUCACCAUGGUGACCAUCACCAACCGCAAGGACUGCUGCGAAAGACGAAUCAAUGGAGCCCAAAUCCGAAUCGGCAACAGCCUGGAAAACCAUGGCAACAACAAUAUGCUAGCUGCUGAAAUCACAUCAAUACGAAGAGGGGAGUCAAAAACGUUCAGGUUCGACCCUGUGGAAGGCCGUUAUGUCAACAUCUUCCUGCCAGGCAAAGAAAAAAUACUGACCCUCUGUGAGGUGGAAGUGUUUGCCGGGAGUGAAGACAACCUGGCUCUGCAGAAGCUGGCUACCCAGUCUUCUGUAUUCCAUGGUACUGGCUUCUCCAAGUUUGCAGUGGAUGGAGACAGGAACUCCAAUUACAACCGCAAACCCUGUGCUCACAGUGUUGGGGAGGACAACCCCUGGUGGAGAGUGGACCUGGGGAAAAGCUUCCACAUCUCCCAAGUCACCAUCACCAAUCGGGUGGACUGCUGUGCAGAACGCAUCGAAGGAACCGAAAUUCGUGUUGGUGACAGCCUCUUCAAUAAUGGCAACAACAACACACGGGCUGCAGUUAUUCAGCAUAUGGGAGCAGGAGAGACGAGAGAAUUCAACUUCCAGCCCAUUAGAGGGCGCUAUGUAAACCUGCUCUUACCAGGACAAUCGAAGAUGCUGACAGUUUGUGAAGUCGAGGUUUACGCCCGUCUUGACAGGAAUGUUGCCUCAAGAGGAAGAGCAACCCAGUCCAGUCUGAUCCUUGGAGAGAUGGCCAGUUUUGGCCACGCUCUGAACGCCAUUGAUGGGAACGCCAACCCAGACGUGCGGAAGGGCUCCUGCUCCAUGACAGAGCGCGAGACUGACCCCUGGUGGCGGCUAGACCUGCUGGAUGGAUACAGCGUUACUGCUGUGGCCCUGACCAACCCCAAAGCUGGCUCACCCAAGGGGCUGAACGGAGCCCAAAUUUACAUUGGAGAUUCCACCAACCCUGCAGAAAAUUCUCUGUGUGCAAAAGUGACGUUUGUGCCGCUUGGUGAGACGGUGCGCUUUGACUGCCUGGAGGAGAGGGUGGGCCAGUAUGUGACUGUGAUGUUGCCGGGGGAGGGGCGCUCCCUCAGCUUGUGUGAGGUGCAAGUGUUUGGAAUUCCAGCCUCCACCCAUCAGAGCAACAACAACGCAUAAAUAAAUGAAAAUAACCAUCUAAUAUUGUUGCUGUUAAAACUAAGACACCAACACAUGCUUUAUCAUCACACACAUUUUCUGCAAGUGAAUUUAUAGUCUAUGUGCUGUAAAAGCUUCACAUCCAUCGCUGUAUGUGCAUACAUCUGUUCUUGUGUGUGUGCGUGUGUGUGUGUGUGUGUCUUUGUUUUUUGUUUUUGUUUUUUACUUUGCUAGCAUGAUUUGCUUGAUGAAAGAGAUGGUACUAGCUACAUUGCACCUAGCUUCAACUAUGUUAAAUGUUUGCAGACAUCUUGU